AUGCUAUUAUAUGGACUUUUCUUUGUUGGUCUUGCUCAACAAACGGAAAUAAUUUAUGAUGAUAUGACAUUCCUCAUAUCCAAUGAAUCAUCCACUGCUACAUUUGUUGAUUGCAGCAAAACAAUUGUACAGGUCCCUUCACAGAUUACUUACAAUAAAGCAACAUAUACUGUGGAUACAAUAGCAGCACGAACUAUGCCAAGUACUAUACAAAUUACCUUACCAAAUACAAUCAAGGGCGUGAACAUGGUUAAAUGCUCGGCAAUCAGUAUUAUUUUUAUUGAUGAUGGCAUUGAGAAUAUAGGAGAUGAAUGGUUUUCGAAUAUUAGAUCUACAUUUAAUAUAACUUUACCAAAUUCGGUCAAAACUAUCGGCAAUAGAGUUUUUCAGAAUAGCAAUGUAGAAUAUGUUAUGUAUGGUUCUCAACUUACUAAAAUACAGACAGAUGCUUUUAAUUCUUCUUCAAUUAAGCAGUUAAUCCCACAAUCAGAAAGCAAUAUCCAAGAAAUCGAACAAUCUGCAUUCAAUGACUGCAGAAAACUUGUUAAAAUCGACAAUAUCAUACAAAAAUUGACCGUUAUUAAUGAUCUUACAUUUAAUAACUGCGUUUCUCUUAACGGAUCACUUAAAUUACCAGAACAGUUAACAAGUAUUGGAAAGCAAUCAUUUAUGUAUACAAAGUUUAGCGAAAUAACAUAUGGUCCAAAUCUCAAUAAAAUUGAUGACAAAUCUUUUUCAUUUUCAAGUUUAGUUGAGAUCAAACCAUAUGGUGACAACAAUAUCCAAGAAAUCGGAAGUAAUGUUUUCGAAGAAUGCAGAAAAUUAACAAAUGCUUUCUCAUUAUUACAAAAAGUUACAAAAAUUUCAGGAGGAAUUUUCAAGAAUUGCGUUGUUUUAGCAGGCGAUCUCGAAUUACCAGAAACAGUUGAGACAAUUGAAUCAGAAGCCUUUUAUAAGACAGCAAUUACAAAAGUCACUUUUGGAAAUAAUUUGACAUCAAUUGGUUCUUAUUCAUUUUGUUUUACAAAGAUUUCAGACUUUUUACCAAGAAAUGAAAGCAAGUUGGCACAAAUCGGAGAUGCUGCUUUCUCUCGCUGCUACUCUUUAUCAAAGAUACCAGAUGUAAUCUUUAAUUUACCAAAAUGGUCACCUCACUUAUUUGCAUAUUGUAAAAAUUUGACAUCUGACAUUUUAUAUCCAAAAAGUUUGACAGAACUUGGAGAUUUUUGCUUCCAAGGCACGAACAUUUUGUCAUUCAAACCAAAAGGAGUUAAUAAUCUCCAGACAAUAGGAGCUGGCGUUUUCAUGGAUUGUUCUAAAUUACAAAACAGUUUCGAAAUCUUCGAAAAACUGACAGAAAUUCCUUCUCAAAUUUUCAUGAAUUGUUCAAAGAUAAACGGAACUUUGACAUUACAUGAAAACAUCACAAAAUUUGGUAAUUCUUCAUUCAGCAAAACUAGUUUAGAUACAGUUAAAUUUAAUGAAAAAUUAACUGAAGUCGGAUCAUCAUGUUUUGCAUAUUCAACAAUCAAAGAAUUUUCACCAAUAAACAACAAGAAUUCCAUCCAAACAAUUGGAGAAAAGGCAUUCUACCAAUGCCAGAAAUUGUCUGAUAUCAGUUUCAUUGCAAACUUAGAAACAAUUCCUGAGAGAAUGUUUUCAGGAGCUAACAAUUUGCCAAGUGAACUCGAAAUUCCUGAUAAAAUUACAAAAAUCGGAGGUUUCGCAUUUUUGAGUUGCAAAUCAAUUAAAAAAGUGACAUUUAGUCAACAACUCACUUCACUUUCUGAUGGUGUUUUCCAAGGAUCAUCAAUAGAAACAUUUACACCAAGAAAUACAAACAAUUUAGUUGAAAUCGGAAAACAAUGCUUCUCUUAUUCAAAAAUUAGUGAUAUUUCAUUUUUGACAAACUUUAAAAACAUUUCUGACAUGGCAUUUUACUAUUGCUUGAAUUUGAAUAUCUCUGUUACUUUAUCUGAUACUGUUGAAAUGAUUGGGGAAAAAUCAUUUUCUAAUUCUAAAAUAACAUCAAUUGUUUUUGGAAAGAAUUUGAAUACAAUUGGAGAUGAAUGCUUUGCAUCUUCUGCAAUUCAAUCAGUUUCAUUCAAGUCAACUAAUAAUUUACAAAACUUUGGAAUCUCAAUUUUCAAAGAUUGUAAAAAUUUGACAAAUGGUUUUGAAAUUUUCGAGAAAAGUGACAUAAUUCCUGACUUCACUUUUUACUAUUGCAUCUCAUUGAAUGAUGUCACAUUACCAAAUACAAUCACAAAGAUUGGCGUUUCGUCAUUCGAAAAAACUAAAUUUAAGACAUUUACUUAUGGUGAAAAACUUCAAAACAUUGAUACAAAUGCAUUCAGAUAUUCCGAAUUAUCUGAAAUUAAAUGCAGCUCAGCGAAUAAUGUUUCAGAAAUUGGACAAGGAGCAUUCAGUUUUUGCCUGAAUUUAGAGAAUAUCAAUGACUUGCUUGAGAAUGUAUUAGUCAUUAAUCCUCUCACAUUCUAUAAUUGUUCUAAAUUAAGUACAGACUUGAUUUUGCAUUGCAAAUCAAUCGGAUAUUCUGCAUUCCAAUCCACAAGUAUCCAAUCUGUUAAGUUUGACAGUUCAUUAGAGAACAUUAGCGAUUUCAGCUUUGCUAAUUCAGCAUUGACAGUUUUCUCCAAUAACGACGUCGAAUCAAACAUCAAAUACAUCAAGAAUUCAGCAUUUUUGGGCUGCCAAAAACUGACAAUUAGUUUAGAUGACAUCAAAAAUGUUUUAGAAUUAGGAAGAUUCGCUUUCAAAGGCUGCCAAAAACUAACUAUUCCUAAACUUCCUGAAAAUCUAAAAUCAAUUGGUGAUGAAGCAUUUUCAUUCACAAAUAUGGAAACUUUGAAAGAAUUGAACUUACAAAAGAUUGAAAAAAUUGGCAGACAAGUUUUCAAGAACUGCAACAUUAAAGAUAUUUCAAUUGAAACUGAUCAAAGAAGUAUAGAUUUCAAUAACUUAUUUGCAAAUUGCAAAGAUAUGAAGUCAAAGGUUAACUUAGCUUAUGAUAAUAAUUUGACAGUAAAUAAGAACAUAUUUAAUAUGUUCAAGAAAGCAGAACUCGUAAUUUCUCCAAAAUCAAAUGAUGACAAAACAGUUGUCACUUUUGAAGAAAAUGCUGCUGCUCAAUCAUCAGUUCAGAAAGUCAUAGUUACAGCAAAUACUGUUAAUAUAAUGAGUGGAGCAUUCAAUAAUACAUUACAAAUCAACAGUUUUACUGUUGAUUGCCAAUCAUUGUUAGUUUCAGAAAGUAGUUUUGGUUCUUCAUCAAUUCAAAAGUUUGAAAUGAAGAAAGAAGCAACUGAAAUCAAAUUGAAGAACUCAUGCUUCAAAUCUUCUAAAAUCAAUGCAUUUGAUUUCAAAGGAAAGAUCGCUGAAUUAGGAGAUUAUUCAUUCUAUAACUGCAAAGAAAUGAAAGGAGAUUUAGUAAUUGAUGGUCCAUUGACAAAAAUUGGACAAUCUUGCUUCGAAGAUUGUUCAUCAUUAGAUGGAAAAUUAGACUUGAAGACGGAUAGUUUAGUUGAAAUCGGAUGCUUCUGUUUCAAGAACUGCAACUUCAAUUGCCAAUUAAAGUUACCAAUGAGCGUUGAAAAAAUUGGAAUAUCUGUUUUCGAAAACUUGAAAUUGUUGAAUGGCGAAGUUGUUAUUCCUGUGAAAAUAACUAAUAUUUCAAGAGGAAUGUUCUCUGGAUGUUCUAAGAUUACUAACUUUGUUUUACCACAAAAUCUCAAGUCAAUUGAGAAUUAUGCAUUCACUAAUUGCGAAUCAUGGAAAUCUUCAAUUAAUUUGUCGAAAUCAUUGGUUUAUUUAGGUGAUUUCGCUUUCGAAAAUUGUUCCCAAUUAAAUGGAAUUUUGAGAAUUCCUGCAAAUGUUUCUUUUGUUGGUUACCAUUGUUUCUUCAAUUGCAAAGGAUUCAAGAGAGUUUAUCUCGAUACAUUCCAUGUUUCAGUUGGUAAGAAAGCUUUCGGAGGAAUGAGUUUCGAUUGUAUUUCUAAUUUGCCUGUAAACUGUUCAAAGAAAUACUCAAAAGAUUCUGUUUGUUAUGAUACAAACUCAAAGAGCCAUUUCACACAGUACACAACAUAUUGCGAGGACUGUGACCAAUUUGACAGAGCUCAGAAGAUUUCCAAGGCAUAUCCAUUAUUCAUUUGUGUAAUUGUUGUUAUAAUGAUAGGAACUCUGUUUGUUUUGUACAAUUUGUCAGGAAGGAGAAGGAAGGACAAACAGAGAAUCAGAGAUAUCACAAGGAAUGCUGUUCAAAGUAAUGAAGUCGAUUCUGAACAGAUACCAAUCGCAAUCCAGAAGGAGUUAGUCCAUCACCCACCUUUGUUCAUUGGGCGCAAAACAACUUGGAUCAUCAUUUGUAGAGCAAUUGAAGCUGCUAAUCCAAAUAUCGGUUAUAGAGGAAAGAUUGCUGACAAAGCUUUACAAGGAGUUAAAUUCACUUCAUUCUGCACAAGACUGAAACUCAACUUAUGCAUGUGCCUCGUUAAGGAUGAAGCAUUAUAUGAAAAGUCUGGCUUACUUGAGAGUCCUCUCUUAUCUGAGUCAUCAGCAAAAUCAAUGAUUUAA